AUGUUUGAGGAUGAAUCUCUGGACUCUGUGACGGUCGGUUCCGAGUGGAGGAGCUCCCAGCAGGCAACGCUGCAGGCGCGGAGUUGUCAGACUGAAGCCGUGCACAUCAGCGAUGCAGGACUCCAGACCUGGUUCGCUGCCUCCACCUUCACUCAGACAGAACCACAGGAACCGACCGCAGACCUGAAUCUUCAACAGCACCCUGAUGAGCCCGAUCCACCCGGCCUGCUGGACUUUCUGCAGAGAACCGAGGACCUGAUCAUCAGAGAGCUGGUCAUAAACUCCAGGAGCCAUGCCUUUGAUGGAUACCAGGCAGACUGGGAUAACCACAGCCAGCGGAUUUCAUGUCUCCAUCGCCUGCAGAACCUCAGCGCUCAGGAGAAGAAUCUUCAUGUCAGCAGCGUGUCCUGGAACUGCACUGGUUCUGUUCUCGUCUGUGCUUACGGCCGAACCAAUGAUGGAGACUGGACCAACGAGAAGUCCUGUGUUUGUCUGUGGAACCUGGAUCGCAGAAACCUAAACCCUAAACAGGCAGACCUGGUUUUGGAUGUUCCCACAACGGUCACGUCUGUGUGCUGCCACCCCAACCAUCCUGCCCUCAUUGCAGGGGGUCUGUACAACGGAGAGGUGGUGGUCUGGGACACAAGCCGGACUCAGGAUCCAGUUCUGGCUCAGACUGGGCUGUGUGCAGAGGGCCAUAGAGAGCCAGUGUUUCAGGUGUCCUGGGUCCCCCUGCAGAGGAGAGGAGAGUUCGGACUUGUGAGUUCCAGUUCUGGAGGUGGAGUUCUGCUGUGGAGGGUGGGUUCGGACCGGACCGGGCUGGUUCUGGACUCUGGAUAUGCCUUCAUACAACAGCAGAUCCCCAACAGCGGCAGAACCAGCAUGAAGGUCCAAGGCAGCAGCACCGUGGGGGUCACGACCCUGGCUCUGUCUCCGUGGGACCCGGACACCUUCCUGGUCGGGUCUGAAGGAGGUCUGCUGCUCCGCUGCUCCUUCUCCUCCCAGACUCCGGCUGCAGUACCAACUGAGGACCGGACCGUGGGUCUGAAGGCCCCUGCAGUCUUCUCCUUCAGACCUAGCAGCGGUCCGGUCCACUCCAUCCACUGCUCCCCGUUCCACAGGAACCUGUUUGUGAGUGCUGGAACUGAAGGUUUGGUCCACGUCCACUCGCUGCUGCAGGCCGAUCCGGUUCUGUCCGUCAGGGUGUCGGACUCCUACCUGUUCCAGGCGCAGUGGUCCCCGAGCCGACCGCUGGUGUUCGCUGCCACCACCGGACACGGUCCGGUCCACAUCUUUGACCUGGCCCGCCCGUCUCUUCGAGCCGCUGCCACCAUCGAGGACAGCGAAGCAGACUGCGCCACCACCUGCCUGGCCUUCAACCAUCACAACCCUUGGCUGCUGGCAGCGGGUCGGUCCGAUGGGUCCGUCGGCGUCUGGAGGCUGAGUUCUGACCUGGUGGACCUGGGUCCUACUGAGAUGGCUCAGCUGGAGCAGAUAGCCAAUCAGGUGUCAGAAUAAAGACAGAACCAGAGGUUCAUUUCUAACCAGUCGGCAUUUAUUAAAGCACACAGAACAGGACAGAACCGGUGGCCCGGUUCUGAUUAAAGCAGGCU